AUGAUGGGUUGGAGUAGGUGUACAACAUACAGACCCUAUGCACAUUACUACCAGGCAUGUUGCAGCGGGUGGAGUGGCUUCCAGUGCUCCACACCCAUAUGCAGCAACCCAUGUGGAAACGGCGGUACUUGCAUUGGUCCUGAUCUGUGCAAAUGUCCAACCUCCUUCACAGGCCAACAAUGUACAACAAAUAUUCCGAUACGGACAACGCACAUUAUAACUACAUCGACGAGUACAACAUUAAAACCUGCAAGUUCGUCAUCGAGGUCGCCUUUGAUCUUGAGAGGAAAUGAUACAUCUGACUGUGUUCCAGAAGACAAAGAUGUCGUAUUUCUAGUCGACAGUUCCAGCAGAGAUGGAGAACAGAACUUUCGAAAAGUGAAAGAGUUUAUCAAACAAGCAAUUGGGACAUUUGAUAUUGGUCUUAAUCUAACUCGAGUGGGUUUGAUUCUUUUCAACACGAAUGCAACAAUAGUUUUUCCAUUGGACAGGUUUAAUGCAUCAACAGACUUACUAAAUGCUGUAGAAAAUGUUGCUUACAAACCAACAGAUGGAAGAAAUACAGGCGAUGCCUUGGAGUUAGUUCGCAAUCAAGGAUUCACCUAUGAUCGCCCAGAUGUUCCAAACAUUGCGUUUUUAAUCACGGAUGGUUAUUCAUCUGAUAAAAAUUCAACGAUAGUACAGGCUCGUCUAGCAAAGCAGAACAAUUCAAUACAGAUUAUUGCAACCGCAAUUGGCCAAUUCGUAGACUUUAAUGAGCUGGUGGACAUAGCUAGUAAUAAUCCGUACACAAACCAAAGCCUUAUAUACCAUGUUGAUGAUUUCGACGAUCUCCACAUUAAGUCUUUAGAAAAUGUAUUUACCAAUGUUAUUUGUGGAUUCGAACUGUCUACUUUACCACCUAAAGUGUCAAUGUCAACUGUGUUUGCUUCGGUGACACCGCCUUGUUAUGAUCUGGUGAAAAACUGUGAUGAAUAUCGUCAGGAUAUGUGUACAAGUUACGGCCAAUGGGCAAUGAGACACUGUAAAAAGUAUUGUGGGUUUUGCCAUGGGACAACUACAGCAGCUGCUAAACCAUGUGUCGAUCAGAUAGGCAAUUGUAGAGAAUAUGGCCCUGAUAUCUGCAUUUCAACAGCAUUCAAGAAAUGGACAAAGGAACACUGUUCCAGCUUUUGCGGACUUUGUGGUGCAGACACAACAACCACAUCAAUGGCAACAAAGGCAGCCGCAACAUCCACGUCAAUGAAUUUAGACAUGACGACAAAUAACAAAAUAUUAGCGACGGCACCCUCGUUUGCUUCUACGAACACAUGUACAAACAAAAUAAGCAGCUGUGGAGAUUUUGGCCAAGACGUGUGUACAGAUUAUCAACAAUGGGCAAGGGAGCAUUGUCAGCAAUAUUGUGGAUUUUGCCAAGGUUAGAAUUGAGCUUCACGUAAAUUUGCAUUUAAUAAUUUACAUUGCGAAGGCGAUGCAAAGUCAGAUUGCGUAAACAAUGCUGUUAAUUCUAUCUGUCUUAUUUUUAUGAACCCACACAUUUAUAUGGAAGGGGGAACAUAGCGUUGCUAAUUUCCGUACGUCCGUUCGUCCGUCCAUCAGCCCCUUCGUCCAUAUGUAUGUCAUGAAAUAUUGUGUGUCUAACUCCUCCACCACAAUUUGCCUGAUUUUCAUACUUCUGCAGAUAAACAAGCUUGAUCUGCAGACGACCAUAAGGGAAGGGUUUUCUUCUCUGACUAGUUUUACCGUAGUUAUGCCCCUUUGAUAGUUUUUGCUGUAUGGAAUAUAGAGAGAAAUUAUGUGUGUCCAACUCCUCCCACACUAUAAGCCUGGUUUACGUCAAACUUUAAAAGAUUAACAAGCUUAGUGUGUAGAUGACCAAAAUGGAAGGCAUUCUUUCUGUCAAUAUUUUUACCGCAGUUAUGGCCCUUUGGUAGUUUUUGCUAUAUAGAGGAUGACACAAUAUAUGGGGGCAUCCGUGUCUUUUGACAUAAUUCUAGUUUUGAAACACAUUUCAAAAAGUUGUUUUGUCAACACAAAUAUCUCUUCUUUAUAUAACACACAUUCAAAACCUCGUUGAAAGACAUUGAAAUAUAAAAUUAUGUAUGCACUAUUGUCAUAAAAUAACAACCGUACAAACGUCCAUGCUUUCUGCGCUUUGACCUUACGUCAUCUCUGUUAAUGGAUAUGUUCACCUUGAUGAAAUCUUUGUAAAUAUAAGGUAAAAUGCUAUAUGUGGAUUAUCUAUUUAUUUACAUUGAAAGCAAAUGGUCACGUAAAAUAACAUAUCCUAUCUAAAACAUGAUUUCGGCAUGUAUAAUGUCAAAUAUACAUAUGUCCCAUAGAAAACAAAACAAAACUGUUCUGCUUAAGCUGGGCGCAUUUAAAAAGUUUUUAAAACAUCACGCAUCGUUUUUGUUUUUGAUCUCAUACUCCAAAUCGAUAUAUAUCGUACAAUACGAAAAGAAGUAAAUGGAAAACAUUGGAUUUGAUUUUUAAAAAUAUUCUUACUCCAGCUGGUUAUAAACAUACGAUAAUUCGCUGAUCAUGGAUCUUCUAAAUUGUGAACUACUAAUGUUUAUAAUUCCUUGUUUUAUUUAGUGAUUUAAAUGAAGGAAAAAUAAUUAACGACGUAUCAUUUAUAAAAAAAAACAAAACGAAUUUUUAAGUUGCUCUAAGCGAGUGUUCUUUUCUUUCUUUCUUUUUCCGUUGGUUUAAUGUCGCAUCGACAUAGUUAUAGAUCAUCUGGCGACUUCCAGCUUUGGUGGUGGAGGAAGACCCCAGGUGCCCCUCCGUACAUUAUUUAUUCACUAGUGGACACCUGAGUAAGCCAGUUGGAUUGCUUCUUCUCAUGAAGAAUUCAAUGCCCCGAGUGAGGCUUGAACCCAAAUCGGUAAGGGACAAGUGAUUUAAAGUCAGCGACCUUAUCCACUCGGCUACGGAGCGUGUUGUUUGAAUUAAGUAUUGUAAAAUAAUCAGUUAGGUUAGACAGUACACCAGCUACACACCUGUCAAGUUGAUAUAUUGUUGAUGCAUUUAUGUAAUUGUUUAUUAUAUCAAACCCACACGUUUUAUACGUCAAAUUGUCAACUGAUCUUAGAGAAUUACUAUAUAUUGAUGUUUUAGUUAUCUCGAGUCAGAAGGGCUUAGGGGUCCGGCUGGACUGAGACCUAGGAAAUGGGUCUCGUAGAUAUUAAGAUUAAGUUAGGCUUUAGAUAUGACAUUUGUUAAGACUUAAGAAGUUACAAAAUGAAUUAUGAAAGUUAUGUACGAAAUAUUCCACCGUGUAAAUAAACAUCAAAAACGAUUAGACUCGUGUUUGUGUUGUGUUACGUGACACAACUUCAACAAUUUUUGGAGCCGCAGACAGGAUGUCGAAUAUCAAAAUGGGUUGUUGCGACAUGACGAAGCGAAGUACUACUGCCAACGAUGACACGCUGCCAAGACGAAAGAAGAGAAACUGUGAGUUGCCAUUUUACCUAUCUUCUAGUGCAAUUUUGCAAGCUAGUCUUUUCUUUUAUUAAAUUUUUGUUUCUAUUUUUGAACAAAAUUUCAAGGUAAAUUUAUUUUGAUUAAUUGUUAGACAUGAAAAGAAAAUACAAAUUUAUUAAUGAUAAAGCCUAACUCAUAAUAUACAAAAUUCUUAAAAAAAGAGUAAAAUAUAGUUAGAAAAAAAAGUAAAAACAGUAAGAAACAAUGCAUUGCGGAAAAUACUCAAGAGACUGAAUUAAGAAAUACAAAUGUGAAAAUAUUUGUUUUUCGAAAAUUUUACUUGUCAUAUUAUGUUUAUUUUACUUGUUCCAUAUGAUAUUUGUUUCCCUUAUGGCCACAUUUAAACAGUUUUGAGCAUUCCCGCAUUGACAAACUGUUUAAAUGAAGGAAGAUGGAUUGUCCUAUGAAACUUGUGUAUAGUCAUAGAUAUGCACAAAAUGAGUUGUAAAUAGUUUCUGUUGAGGUUAUGGGUAACAUUUCAUCACUAAUAUAUGUGAAAAUACAAGGAACGGCUGAAAACUAGUUAAAUACGUGGAAUUCGUGUUUAAGAUGUUUUAUGCAUGAUAAUGCAUUGUCGGGUUAAAGUGUCAUUGCUGAAUAAAUGUGUACAUGGUUAUUGUACUAAAAUAUGGUUACUUCAGGUCUCAGUAAAUAAAAAGGUUGGUCUUGUCUGUUGUGCUGGAAAUAUUUUGAAGCCUGAUAUGGCACAAGAAUAUGUUUAUUACGUAAAAAUGACUUGAUAUUGUCGCUGGAACAUGUGGAUUCCAGUAAGGUUGAAUUUAUAUAUAUUGUGAGUUACUUAAUAUUGUCUUUGUGAGACUGGAAGUUGUGAUCCCAGUUGUUUUGUAAGAUGUAUACUAUUAUACAGACACAGAUACUGUCUUCCGAAAUUUUUAGUCGGAGUCUUACUAUCAUGGCGUGAAAUCGAUGCAUAUGUUGCAUUAUGAGGUACGGGUGUGUACCAGAUAUUUUAAGCGCAACAGCUUUUUGUUUUAUGAGACCUGAUGUAGUAUUUUUGUCAAAGAGUUGCAAAACAGUCGAACGUGCUGUUACUUUUAGGUUACCUUUCACGGUUUUUAAGCAGGGUAUUCUGUCGGAAAAUUUAUUUUUCUCGCGGACGACAUAAUAUUUCUGUUGAAUCAUCUAGAAAGGUUACAUUGUGUAAAUAUAAUCAUGGAAGAAAUCAUUAUCAGUUAUUCUGUUUAUAUAUUGGUGUUGGUUUUGUAUGUAUGUCUGUUUGUAUUUGGAAAUGACUAAAUGCUUUAUUUUGUAGAAUUUUUAUAGCUUUCUUAUACAUUUUUAAAAAAGUAUAUUUUUAUUUUGAGAACAUGUUUUGCUUUUUGUUAGGAACAUAUUUUGGCUGAUAUCUUUAUUUUUCGAAUAAUGUAAAACGUAGGACAUAGCUUGUAAAAAAAAAAGUACAAAGAAGUAAGGUUCUCGGUAACAUAACGGUUUAUUCGAAGUACAGAUACCACUUAUGAAAAGAAAGUACGAACUGUCUGAAAUGAAAUACGAACUGUCUGAAAUAAAAUACCGACAAACUGUCAAAUUAACAUGGGAAAAGUGUAUUCCAAGUCAACAUUAUAAAUCUUGUCAUAUUGUGGACUGUCAUUAUAUAAUAGCCAAAGGGAGACUCAUUAAAUGUAACGGUUACAUAUUGGGAAGUACCUGUCAAAGCAAAAUGAUGACAUUAGCAUUGUGUAUUAUGACAAUUUGUAUACAUGCAGUUUUGAUUUUAUCUGUCAUUUAUGACAAAUGGGAACAACUUAAUAACAUAAAGUAUUUUCGGUGGUCAUCUGAAAUAUUGGACAUUACGUUAAUGAAACAGUAAUAUUAUAACUUGGAGAACUCUAGAACAUUUCAGAAGUUAGCAAAUGAACAUCAUAAACUUGGAUAGUGCGGUACAACAUUAUGGCCUAUGACGGGAGAUUCUUAGCUACAGAGAUUGUUGGUGAUGCGUUACGCUGUAGAAGGAUGCCGAAACCAAAAGACAAAUGUGUAGAAGGAUCGAUGGCGAAACCAAGCGACAAUGGCGAAGUGGAUUGAAAAUGCUGGGAAGCCUGUGGAGUUUGGCGAAGAAAAUGGUCCAGCUGGAAAAUUACAGAACACUAAAAAAAACCCAACUAAUUAUUUUUCCUUUCUUUCUACUUAUCAAUACAUAAUUAAUACAUUUUGGUCAUUACAUAUCGAUUUUACUAUUUAUUUAAGAUCUGUAGCAAAUAUCAAAAUAUUCGAAAGUAAGAUUAAUGUGCUGAUUAAAAUCUUUGUAUAAAUAAGUGAAAUUUAAAUACAUGUAUCAUGAUAAAUUUUUAUACACGCAACAAUAAUAACAAGCAAUUUAGCAAUGUUACUAAACGACUUUUUAUCUUUUUCCUAACUCUUAUAUAGCAUAUAUUCUAAAAGAUGCUCACCUGUGUUUUCCUUUAUUUACAGUUACCGGUUUUGUGAAAUAUGGAUGUAACACGGGUUAAAGAAAAAGUCUUGGAGGAAGAAAGGAGAAGUGCCACUACAAAGGCCGAUAUAAAAUAAAAAAAAAAAGACUUUCUAUGAAAUGUGAAAAUUGUUUAGUUUUAAAUACUAUUCUCCUUUGUUCUUGUUUAUCAUUAAUUGUAUAAAUGACUUAAGAUUUUUUCUUUAACACUGUUCUUUAAUAUCAUUCCUUCAGAUAGUAUUCUAAUGUUCUUGAUCAUAUUAAAUAUCAUUCUACAUGUCAUAUUGUAAGGCGAGAGAUAGUACUUCAAGUCUAAAAAAAUUUAAAUUUGUAAUUCAAUUUUUUUCUUUCGGUGGGUAACGAGUGUAAAAUAAUCAGUUAGGUUAGACAGUACACCAGCUACACACCUGUCAAGUUGAUAUAUUGUUGAUGCAUUUAUGUAAUUGUUUAUUAUAUCAAACCCACACGUUUUAUACGUCAAAUUGUCAACUGAUCUUAGAGAAUUACUAUAUAUUGAUGUUUUAGUUAUCUCGAGUCAGAAGGGCUUAGGGGUCCGGCUGGACUGAGACCUAGGAAAUGGGUCUCGUAGAUAUUAAGAUUAAGUUAGGCUUUAGAUAUGACAUUUGUUAAGACUUAAGAAGUUACAAAAUGAAUUAUGAAAGUUAUGUACGAAAUAUUCCACCGUGUAAAUAAACA